CUUUUAUGCUAAGCCUGCAAGGUGUGUGUGUACGUACAUACGUGUGUGUGUAGCAAGCUUUAGCAAGUGAUUAGAGAUUCAUCGAUACAAGGAGACGGGCUAUUCUAGUGUUUGGAGCAGCCUCCAGAAGACCUAACCACCACACAAGAGGAGAGCAGCUCUCCAGUUUUCACCAAUUUGCACUUUAGAGGUAGCUCAAGAUGUCCAUGUCCAUACUGUGUGGAUGCUUCAGUGGGGAGUGCCGGGGAGAGUCAAUGGAUGGUGACGAACAGGUGGACGGGAAGCCCAUGAGAGGGACUCGUCUGAAGUAUGAUCCUGACUUUAGAGGUCCGAUCAGAGGAAGAUCAAGGCGACCCAAAGACUUGCUCUGUUUGAUCAUCUUCAUCAUCUUCAACAUUCUACUGUUGGCUAUCGGAGUGUAUGCCUGGGCGAAUGGGAACCCGCUGCGAGUGAUCCAUCCCGUGGACUCCAAGGGGCGACUGUGUGGAGUGGAUGCAGCCGUGAUAAACAAGCCCAACCUCCUAUUCUUUGAUUUCACUCGCUGCGUACAGAUCGUCGAUGUGGGUGAGAUUGUCAGUGGCAAUUUUGAUGCUUCCUCCAUCUUCACCUGUCCAACACCUCAAGUGUGUGUGAGUGAGUGUCCCACUAUGAAUGAGUUUGGAGUGAGGAGCAACCCAGUGUGUGUGGACAGUGUAAACACAACUCCCUUCACCAACAUCACCAGUAUCGACUUCCUUGACAUCAACUCUGUGUCUAGUGCAGCUGACAGUGCCCUUCAACUCAUCAACCUCAUCAAAGAGGAGAAGUGUGCUCCAUACUACAUUGACAGCACACCAGUUGCGGGUCGUUGCCUGCCCAUUCCCAGUGGCCUGGUCAACCAAACGCAGAUGAUAUUCUCGUCUGAUGCCAUCCUUCAGCAGCUGGCCAAUGACUCACGACAGAACAGCGUCAACUUCACCGAACUGUUUAGAGACAUCUCUGUCGGAGACAUUCUCGAUGGAACUGUUACUAAUGAGGUGCUGCUCGGACUGAGGCAGUUCCUAGUGGACGUCUAUCAGGACCUGGUGGUGGUGUGGCCGGGACUGCUAAUAGGUCUUGGUAUAGCCGUGGUGCUCAGCUUCCUCUAUGUGGUGCUCAUCGGGUUCCUGGCCGGACCUGUCGUGUGCAUCGGCAUCAUACUAGCAAUACUGCUAGUCACUGGAAUUGGAGGAUUUGGGUUCUACCAGUUCUACUGUUUCCAGAAUACGGCUGCCUUCUUUGGUCAGUUCAACACCACCAUUGAUGCCCUGAACAUCAACGUGACCCAAGCCCUGGACGUCUCUGCUCAGAUAUGCUCUGCCACUGCUCCUCUCCGCGUGUUCAUCGACAGUUCUCUGCCGUGGUUUGAGUACCAACAAUACGCAUGGCUCACUAUUGGAAUCAUUGGAACUCUUCUCCUGCUGAUAGUACUGCUACUGCUCAUUGUGCUGGCCAAGAAGAUCCGUGUCUCCAUUGAGAUCAUGAAGGAGGCCAGCAAGGCUGUGUUUGGAGUUCCCACGUCUGUCAUCUACCCUCUCUUCACGUUCCUGCUGCUCUUCAUCGUGCUCGUCUACUGGGGAGUUGUCGCGGUUUUCUUGUUGACUGCAACCACGCCCAGUUUCCGAGUGGUGACCAACAGCACAGCUGCUCAGAACUUCACUAUCAUGGAUAUGAACCUCACCGCUGGGGGCGACUGCACCACCAGCGAUUUUCAGCCACUGUUUGAGGACACGAUGUUCGUAACCACUCCUGAUGGGAUUGUGACAGUGGCCUGCCAGUUUGACCAGUUUGUCACAACCAAUUUCUUGCUUGGUAUUCAAUUCUACCACCUGUUUGGGUUGUUCUGGCUGACCAACUUCGUACUUGCCCUGGGGGAAAUCACUCUGGCUGGAGGGUUUGCCUCCUGGUACUGGACAUUUGACAAAAAGAAAGACGUGCCUUUUUUCGCACUUCUCAGCGCUCUCGGACGAUCACUACUGUUUCAUUCUGGGUCCAUUGCCUUUGGUUCUCUGGUAAUUGCUGUGAUACAGCUGCUUAGGGCCAUACUAGCUUAUGUCCAGAAGAAGUUCAAGGGCAAGUCUGGGAAGUGUGUGCAGGCCAUGCUCUGUUUGUGUUCAUGUUGUCUCUGGUGCUUUGAGAAGAUACUGAGGUACAUCAACAGACAGGCUUACAUUGAGAUUGCUAUCUAUGGGUACGACUUCUGUACUGCUGCUUGUAAGGCAGUCAACCUUCUUAUAAGGAACGCCCUCAUAACCGUUGUAAAAGACCGAAUCGUCGGGUUUCUUCUCUUCCUUGGAAAACUUGCUAUUACUGGUGCUGUCGGAGCUCUUGCCUAUUUGGGAUUUGCUGGAUAUUUGAACCUUGGUGAGGAUUUGUGGGGACGACCUCUCAACUACUUUCUCAUCCCAGUUGCCCUGUUGGUUGUUUUCACGUACAUCAUAGCAAGUGGAUUCACAAGUGUUUAUCACAUGUCUGUCGAUACGAUAUUCAUCUGUGCAAUGGAGGAUCUCGAGCGAAACGAUGGUAAAGACAAGCCGUACUUUAUGAGCAAGAAGCUGAUGAAACUAUUGAAUGCAAAGAACAAGAAGAACAAGGGCAGGGAUGCAACUGAUGGAGAGGAAGAGGUCAUUGAGCUGGACGAACAUAUACAUGUUUGAGAGAACAAGAAACUGUUUAUACAUGUAGCUAUAAUUAUACAUGCCUAUGAUGUAGUAGUGAUUUUAAAACAAUGCUGUGUGGUAUGGUCAGAUAAAAUAACGAUGAUGAUUUUUAUAACACUAAGUCUUGUAAAAUUUUUUUGCAAAUGUGUCCCUUUUACUAGUUUUUGUACUAAUAAUUAUAACCACUUCAUUCUUCAAGAACAA